GUUUACGGGAAACUCCUCGGCGAUUUACUUGGAAGCUAAGCAGCUAUGUCUCAUCAUGAAGGCUAUGGACGGUAAAACGAGUCAUUUAAACACAUAAAUUCUCCAUUAAACGGUGUCGUUUUUAUGUCUUCGUGAAGAGAACGCUGUUCCGAGGCUCUGCUGUUAGAAAUUAAUCGACACUGAGUGUGGUGUGAACAUUGUGGACAUGGAAAUGGGCCGUCAGAUCCUCGGGAAGCUGCAGAGGAGGAAGAAGUCGCAGCUGGCAUCGACGGUGAUCCUACCAGGACUGGAGGUGCACUUUUACGUGGCAGACACGCAGCAGAUCAUCCACCUGAAAGGCAGUCACUCAGCUGAGCAGCUGUGCACCGAAGCCGCCAAGAAGCUGGGUUUGUCUCCGUUAUGCAGCAGUCUGUUUGCUCUAUACAAUGAAACGAACAGGAUGUGGUUUCCUCCAAAUCACGUGUUCCUCGUAGAUGAGACAACGAGACUCAGGCUGCACUAUCGCAUGAGGUUUUAUUUCACUAACUGGCACGGGACGGAUAAAGAAACUCCGGCCGUGGUGAGACACAGUCUCAAACGGACAGGAAACCAGGGCACGGCUCUUCUGGACUCACAGUCACUGACCUACCUGUAUGCACAGAGUCAGUACGAUUUCCAGAGCGCCUCAGUGGCACUCCGCGACUUCCAGAGCGAGGAAGAAGCCCAGCACGUCGAGAACGAGUGUUUAGGAAUGGCGGUGAUGGCGAUUUCUCACGAAGCCAUGGGCAAAAACCUGCCUGCGCGGGAACUGGCGAAGAAAUUCAAGUACAAGAACUACAUCCCGGUCAGUCUGAACCAGUUGAUCUCUCAGAGGAACCUCCUGAUACGCCUGCGCAUCUCCAACGUCUUCAGGUCGUUUCUCGAGGAAUUCAACGACAACACGGUGCUGAACAGCAACGUCAGCAAGCACGACUUGAAGGUCAAGUACAUUUCCACGCUUGAGACUCUGACCAAGCAUUUCGGCUGCGAGGUGUACGAGCCCUCAUCCGUCACUAUCCACGAGACCGACGAGGCUCCCUCGGGUUCCGCGAGCGAGAGCGGAAAUCGGCACCGCGUGCUCGUUUCCGGAACCUGCGGCAUUAAGUGGCAGAGCUUGUCUCCUCAGACCUGCCCGAUUCAACAGAAGAGGAAAUCGAAGAGGAACAAAAGACAACAGGUUCAGCUCUGCGACGUCAGUAAAAAUGACAGCUGGACAACGUUCUCGGAUUUCCACGAGAUCACGCACAUCGUCAUCAAGGAGGCGGCGGUCACGGUUUACAGACAAGACAACAGGAGGAUGGAAGUGCGCUUUGCUGGCCGUGAGGAGGCCCUGGCGUUUGCCAGCCUGAUAGACGGCUACUUCAGGCUCACUGUAGACGCGCAUCACUUCCUGUGCACCGAAGUCGCUCCCGUCUUCGUAGAAACCAACCUGCGUGAGGGAUGUCAUGGACCAAUCAGCACCGAGUACGCUAUUCAUAAGCUCAAACAGGAAGGUUAUGAGGAGGGCAUGUACAUCCUGCGCUGGAGCUGUGCUCAUUACGACCACGUCCUGCUCACCGUCAUUUGCAACGAGAGAGACAUGUCGGGUGAGAUCAUCAAGACCUUCAAGAACUUUCAGAUCGAGAGGACCGAGGGCGGAUUUCGUCUCUGCGGGACGGACGUGGAGAAACCCACGCUGAGGGAGCUGACUGAUCGGCUGUGUGGUCACUGUCUGAGUACAGACAACACCACCCUGAAACUGGCACGAGGAUGUCCUCCUCAACCUCGAGAGCUGUCUAAUCUCCUGUUGGUGACGAGGCCGGACUCCAUCACUCCGCCCUCCCUGAGCAGCCAGCUCGUCUUCCACCGCAUCAACAAAGAGGACAUCAUACAGGACAAGCACUUGGGGAAAGGAACUCGUACGAACAUUUACUCAGGCAUGCUGAGGCUGAAGAACGAUGAGGACAAUCUGAUUAGCUUCAACACUGAGGAUGUCCCUGUGGUGCUGAAGGUGAUCGGAGCAGGACUUAAGGAUGUUUCAGCCUUUUUGGAAACCGUAAGUCAGCUGCGUCAGAUCUCACACAAACACAUGACACAUCUGUACGGCAUCUGCAUGCACAGCAUGGACAUCAUCGUGGUGGAGGAGUUUGUGCAGCACGGACCUUUGGAUCUGUUCAUGCGUGCGCAUCACGCCGAACUUGCGCCAUCCUGGAAGUUUCAGGUCGCUGAGCAGCUUGCUAGUGUCCUCAGCUACCUGGAGGAUAAGAAGCUCGUCCAUGGCUACGUGUGCACAAAGAACAUCCUGUUAUCGAAAGACGGUCUGGAUGGGCAACAAGUGCCGUUCAUAAAGCUCAGCAAGCCGGGAGUCUCCAUCUCUGCGCUCAACCGAGAAGAGUGUAUCGACAGGAUCCCGUGGAUUGCCCCAGAGUGUGUGAAGAACCCUAAAGCGCAGAACGUGGCAGCGGAUAAGUGGGGCUUUGGGACGACGCUGUGGGAGAUCUGCUACAACGGAGAAGUGCCUCUCAGGGACAAGAAACGUGCCGAGAAGGAAUGGUUCUACGAAGCCGAGGGCACGUUGACGAUUCCCAACUGCAGCGAACUGGCUGAGCUCAUCACCCAGUGCAUGAACUACGACCCCAGUAAGAGACCGUUCUUCAGAGCCAUAGUGAGAGAACUGGACCGCAUCAAGGAGCAGAACCCGGCCAUGGUGUCCGGCGGCGUUCCUGUGCAGGAAAUUGACCCCACGCUGUUCGAGAGCAGAUUCCUCAAGACGAUACGGGACCUGGGAGAGGGUCACUUCGGGAAGGUGGAGCUGUGUCUGUACGACCCACACGGAGACCACAGCGGGCAGAAGGUGGCCGUCAAGUCGCUGAAGUCAGAGAGCGACGGACCCGAGUGCAGCAACUUAAGGAGAGAAAUCAACACCAUGAGAGAGCUUUACCACAGUAACAUCGUCAAAUACAAAGGCAUCUGUACUGAGGAGGGUGGGAGAACGAUUAAGCUGAUCAUGGAGUAUCUGCCUGCGGGGAGCCUGAAGGACUAUCUGCCCCGACACAAAGCUCAGACAAGCCAAGAGCGCCUGCUGCUCUACGCCAUCCAGAUCUGUCAGGGAAUGGACUACCUGGGCUCUCAGAACUACAUCCACAGAGACCUGGCGGCUCGUAACGUGCUGGUGGAGAGCGAGACGCUGGUUAAGAUCGGAGACUUCGGCUUGACCAAGAGCAUCAAAAACAACGAGGAGUACUACACUGUCAGGGAGGAGCAGGACAGUCCGGUGUACUGGUACGCACCUGAGUGUCUGAUCCACAGAAAGUUUUACAAAGCCUCGGACGUCUGGUCUUUUGGCAUCACGCUCUAUGAGCUCAUGACCUACUGCGACCGCAAGAUGAGUCCUCCUGAGAUGUUCCUGAACACGAUUGGCCGAUCGCACGGUCAGAUGACAAUGGCGCGACUGGUGAAGGCUCUAGAAGGUGGCUGGAGGCUGUCCUGUCCUCCAUCUUGCCCAGAUAAGGUGUACAUACAGAUGCGGAGGUGUUGGGCUCACGCUCCAGAGGACCGCGUGGACUUCAAAGGCCUGAUCGAGGAGUUUGAGUGUCUCUUGUCGGACGAAGAGCUCAGUUUACUGCGCAGCUGUUAAAGCACUCACUUUUUAAUCCUUUUAUUUUCUUGUAUAUCAUAUCGUCUUAUCUUCUUUUUUUUUUAAGGCCUGAACUCAUUCAGAAUUAUUCGCUGACAAUUGAGCAGGUUGUAUUUUUACAUGUGACAUCCUUUGAGCACUUAAACAGUCCGAAUCUGGACGGAUUAAGGAUAAUUAGUAGAAUAAUUAUCCUGGUAGUGAGGUACUUUUACACUAGAGGUUGUACUGUAUGUUCAGAUAAAAAUCCCUCAAUAAUUUAGUCUUAGUUUACUUAUUCUGCAAAAAACACUCAUUAGGGACAUCUUUUCAGACAUUAAAGUUGUAAUCGGGUGACGUUUGAGUCAGGACAUCUCCUCAGAGGAGAAACUUUGGCCUCCAUAACACUUUAGAAUAUAAACAAAAGAAACAACACAUGAUGUGCACCACCGACGUUUAACCUCUUUAAUCAGGAUAAAGAAAGCCCCGCCUCUUGCGUUAGCAUUUGUACAGUACAUGUACAUGUUCAAGGGGCGUGGCUUCAGAAAGGACUGAGGCUGAAAUGAUUUUGAUUUACGAAACUGCUUCGGUUAAAAACGUUGAUUGUACCGUUUAAGGCAGUUUUUUUACAGUAAAUCAUGACAGAAUCAGACUAAGAUUUAUUUGGUUUACUUUAAACAAUGAAAUGCUCUGAUUGGCUGAUAUAAAAAAAAAAGGCGUGUAAAUCGUUACUCUGUACAAAGACAGUGGUGGAAAACUGUUCUGUGCACGAAAUAAGGAAUGUUUGUGGUAGUUUGGUAAUUUAUUUAAAGUCGAUUUAUCCCAUUUUCACUAGUUUUACAAACCACAUUCUACACAGCUACGUUCUUACCUUUAAAUAAAACAAAAAAAAGUAAAGAUUUUUCUAAAUACAGCAAGGGUUAUGGAAUAGGUAUCUGAUUACUUGCGUGUGUAAUUAGCGUUUGCAGACAGUGGGACGUGUCACACGUGAUUUAUAAACUAUUAUUCGCAUUAAUAAGGCCAUGUACUAAGUCUGGGAAGGAAGCGGUAUUGGAAUGGGAUUUUUGUGUGUGCCAAUUGUUCUCGAUAGCUGCGAGUUGUGGAACGCUGGUUCAAGGCAACGAAUCGGAAAAAACUCUUCAAAGUGAAAUACUAGUGUAAAAGAGUAAAAGGCAUCGGAGGUGUGAGCGUGAAGAACUUUUUGGGGAAUUCAUUAUUUUUGAGCAUGCCGAGGAAAAAAAAAAGAUCAUGUUUUAACAUGCUCAUAGUGGUAUUUUACACACACAAUCUCUGUUCCUGAAUUGACUUCCAUGUGUUAGGUGAUAAAUUAAUCUAUUCGCAUUGACUCCACCCACUGUUGUAAACCUUUAGGCGAAAACUACCCCAAGUUACAAAAACAGAUGACGAGGUGUUUUUUUUUUCUUUCUGUAGUGUUUGUACUUGAUGUUAACGUUUAACAAAUUGGGUGAAACAAAUCCGUGACGCUGCUUUAAUAGGCAAAAUAGCGGCGUGACGUUAUGAGACAGCUGCUGUCACAUAAUUAUAUUGACGUGAUAUCUGCUUUCUCCCAGUUCAUGAUAAAAACAUUCGUCCUGUGCACGUUGGUGUGUAAUCGAUUAUUGGCACGUUCCAGCAUUACACUUAACAUUCAUAACACUCCCUGGUACAGUAUGGAAGCUUGAUUCCACCAUGUAUGAGAAAUAAUGAUCUUGCAGUUGCGAGGUAAUAUCGCGCCUUUGCGAAUUUUUUUAUCUUGUAAUUACGAGGUGGUUUUUUUCUACUUGUUAAUAUUGAACAUUUGUGACCGAGUGCUUUCGUUUCCAAUAAUUGAACCACGACAAUACAAGCUUACGCAGCAUAGGUUAAGGAUUAACGGCGGUUAUGGGUUAAGGAUAGUCUAAUAAGUGAAAGCAAAACGUUGUACUAACUCACAUUCUGGAGAGAUCAACAACUUGCAGGAUAAAAAUUUGCACUUGGGAGAUAUACAAAUCUGUGUAAUAUUUUCGUCCAUUACCACCAUACCUUUGCCAUUUUGCCUUUUGAAAUAUAUAUUUUUUACAUUUUACAUAAAUCUAUUACAAAUAUGCGUCAUUUAGUCCUCUGCAGUUUGCACAGAAUCGUCACAUAGCAGGUAAAUGCGAGGGAUCUGGCUAUGAUCAAUAAUCAAAAGUGACGUUUCAAUUUGCUGCAUUGUUGUUGACGUCUUUGUCAAAUUCAUUCAAACCUUAUUAAAAUUCUCUUUAUUUUAUUGGU